UGUAAGAGUGUCUGGUAUUGCUCAAAAAAGUGUCAAAAGAAAAAUUGGCCAACCCACAAACCUACGUGCCACGAAACCGAUCGCUCAUCUGGGUCACUUAAAUUCAUACGAAUGUUCAUUUCAAACCCAUUGCUCAUGGGGUACCUCAAAGUUAGUAUUAUCAUCGACUGUGGCCUACUCGACAAUCUCGGGAUCGGAUUCGACGUGCCGUUCAUAGCACGUGUUGACAUUGGCAUCGAGCCGAGUGACAUUCUUGAUUUCAUUGGAUUGUAUCUCGAUGACAGGUCCAUCGGGGAGAAGCUUCAAGGGAUGGUGCAAAUUAACGCCGUCACUCCAUGGUACCCGAGUCUGAUGCGCCCCCUCACGCCGCAGCGGCUACACUUAUGGCGUAAGGCUCGAGCGAAGUAUAACGCAGAGGGUUUCGCCAAAGAUCCUGUUGGACUCGUAGACUUCGUCGAUGGUAGUUGUACGGGGGAUUGGAAGAACGGAGUAACCGUUGGUUUACACAUCCCCACCAUUGCCCUUGACAUGGCGAGGAAACGUGAGCCCUUCGUACGUGUCUCUGCUAUCACGGGUGUUCAGUUCGAGCAACCUAUGAGCGCUGUGGCGUGUCUAGAGUAUAUCAAUGUGCAUAUUCGGGGGGAUAGGCAAAACCAGUUGCGUUUACGGACUGCGAUGACAGAAGCAGACAAGAAAAUCAUUCGCGCUGCAGGUCGCAACGAGGGCACAUUUCCCGCUCGUAUUCUCAAAGGGAAGAUGAGAAGAGAACACUUGUAUGCUAAUAUCCCUGAACUCCACAAGGGUACAGACCUGGGGAUAAAAAUGUCCAUGAGCCCAGGCCGCCAAUGUUUUAUCUAUUAUUGUUUGCCUUUUUUUCUUAUUGUUUUGCUCAUCUCCUUGCUUCACAUUCUGCCAUUAGUCCACAACGUAUGAUCCUUGUACCCAAUGCCCAUUUUAUCGUGGUUUCUGGUUCGUCUUUUACGCAUUCUCCUGUGGUUGUGAAUUAUGCCUCUGUCGUCUCAGCUGUUCGUAUUCUACGAUUAAAUCGCGAUAUGCAUUAUACUUCGUCUUCG